CUGGCAACACUGUGUGUAGAGUAGACUCCACUAUCAAGACAAUAUUUUCAUGAUAAUAAUAAUUAAAUUUAAUAUUUAGUGAUAAAUUAACAACAUAACAUAAUAUAUCACACCACUUUUAAUCCAACCUUUCAAUCAGCAACAGCAAAAUGUCCACUGUAGGUCAAGUUAUCAAAUGUAAAGCGGCAGUAGCGUGGGGCCCUAAAGAAGACCUCAAAUUCGAGACGGUAGAAGUAGCUCCGCCAAAAGCCCACGAGGUCAGAAUUAAGAUUUUGUACACCGCAGUUUGUCAUACGGAUGCUUAUACUUUGAGCGGAUCCGAUCCAGAGGGGAUUUUUCCAGUGAUUUUGGGGCACGAAGGUUCUGGGAUUGUCGAGAGCGUUGGAGAGGGUGUCACCAGCGUUCAACCAGGUGACCAUGUCAUUCCUCUGUACGUGCCCCAAUGCAAGGAGUGCAAAUUUUGCAAGUCGCCCAAAACCAAUCUAUGCCAGAAGAUUAGGGUGACUCAGGGACAAGGAGUGAUGCCCGAUGGAACUUCUAGGUUCACUUGCAAUGGUAAAACCGUUUACCAUUUCAUGGGUACUUCAACUUUCAGCGAGUAUACCGUUGUCGCUGAUAUUUCUUUGGCUAAGGUGAAUCCUAAAGCUCCCCUAGACAAAGUAUGCCUUUUGGGUUGCGGAGUACCAACAGGUUACGGUGCAGCACUGAACACAGCCAAAGUAGAAAAAGGCAGCACUUGUGCUGUUUGGGGAUUGGGUGCUGUCGGAUUUGCUGUUGGCUUAGGCUGCCAACUAGCCGGAGCCUCUAGAAUUAUCGGCAUCGAUAUUAAUCCUAGUAAAUUUGAAGUUGCAAAAAAAUUCGGUUUUACCGAAUUUGUCAAUCCCAAAGAUUACGAGAAGCCUCUGCAAGAGGUACUUGUCGAAUUAACUGACGGAGGAUUGGACUAUACUUUUGAAUGUGUAGGAAAUGUGCACACAAUGAGACAAGCUUUGGAAGCUUGUCACAAAGGUUGGGGUGUGUCAACUAUUGUGGGCGUGGCAGGAGCUGGACAAGAGAUUAGUACGAGACCGUUCCAGUUGGUUACCGGAAGAGUUUGGAAAGGAACAGCUUUUGGAGGAUGGAAAAGUAUUGAUAGUGUACCAAAGUUGGUGGAUGAUUAUUUGGCAAAUAAAGUGAAACUUGACGAAUUCAUUUCUCACACGAUGUCUUGGGAUAAGAUUAAUGAGGCUUUCCAUCUUAUGCACGUAGGAGAGAGCCUACGCACAGUACUAAUCCUCAACAAAAAUUUAAUAAAUAAUAAAUUAUAACAAAUAGUUUGAUUGUUGAAGUUUUAAUGGUUUUAAUAAAAAUAAAUAUCGUUUG